AUGCAGGACAGCUUAAUUUAUUGGGAAAAACCAAUAAUUUCCAGUUUUCAAUUCACUUCUCUUUGGGAGUGCUCUAAAAGCGAGCUAUGUAUGGAAAUAAGCUUCGAUGAAAGCUUACCCACCUUUCAAAUUGCCGGAGACGUACUAGAAGAAAUAUGUCACAGAAACAAGAAUUGUGUCCUAAAAAGCUUCAAAUCAAAAGAAAACAAGUUUUGCAUUGAAGAAGUGUCAUGGGAGCCUUCCAACAACGGCGAUUACUCAGUUCCUUUACAAACUUCAAACAUAACUCCUACCCAAAUUGAGAGAUCAUGUGACUGGGCUCUUCACAAAGCAGAUUCAGCCAUUGAUUUAAUCAGUCGAUUGCCAGAGGCUUUUGACUAUAUAAUUACACUUGCAAGCUACACAAUCAAAGAAAAAAUUGAGUUUUCUUGGAGCUGGAUUUACCCGAAAGCAAGUUUCCAGUUCAAAAUAUUGCCGAGUUUCAAAAUUAUUUCAAAUCCACUUUCUAAGCAGCUGACUCACAAGUCCAGUGAAAAAUUCAGGACUGGGCUAUUGACGAUGGACAGUUUAGGAAGAGUGAUCGCUUUGCUUGGCACUGAUCCUAUGGUCCAGCAAUACCCUUGUGUAGGAAUUUGGGUGUCUGGACUGAAUGAAAAUAAAAGGAGUUCAAAACUGUCAUUAUGGUCAGCUUGUUUUCAUUACACCCAAUCAAAGAAAAUCAAAAGAUUGUCAUCAAGCCAAGAAAAGCUGAGUUUCAUGAUGGUCAUUUUUAAUAAAAAAGUAUCCUUUUAUGAGGUAAAUUUAGAUGAAUCUGCCACAUGGAAUCUUCAUUCAGUUUCUAUAGAGACUACAAAUUUGAAUAAGCCACUGUUGGUUUCUGCAUCAUUGCUUAAUAACCCACAGCUGAAUUCACCAAGUAAUGGCUUAAGAACAGCACGGUUUGGGGAAUCUCCUUCUUUAGAUUGUUCAAUUUCAGAUAUUCUCUCACAAAGCCAGUCAGAUGUAAGCUACUUUGGCCCGCAGUCAGAGUCAUUCUCCCGUGACCAAGAAAUUAAGAAACUUCAAGACCAAAUUACGAAUUUGACGAAUUUAAUCACAAAUUUGCCGAACGUAUUAAUGAAAACCCCCUCAAAAUGCACAAUCGGCACAAACACUACUUUUGAGGUAGCCAAAGAAAGCCCGAUUUCUCCACAUUCAGAGUCCACCCAAUGCUAUUCAGAUUAUUCAUCUCCAGAAGAGUCAAGCUUCAGAUCAAAAUCAUUUUGGGACUCUCCCAAUUCAUCAAUUCCAAAAAUCAUGUAUAAUUCAAGGGAAAACACAUUUGAAGGUAUAUAA